UCUUCUUCUCCUAUCUCCUGCAGACACCACAGUGUCCUAGCAGUACGUGAUAGAUAUACAGUGUGCCACAAAGAAGGAUGCUGCGAUGAGCUGCAGCAUAUGCUUUGCUUUGCUUCCUUCCUUCCUGGCAUGCCUACAAGUACUAGAAGAAGAAGAAGAAUAGCAAGAGCUAACUGGUACUGGUGGGUGGGGUGCCGGCCGGUGUUGUUGAUAAGAUAAGAGCUGAGCUAGGCUUGCAGAGAGAGGAGAGGAGUGAAGUAGUAAUGGCGAUCACGCUCCUACGGGCAGCGUCCCCCGGCCUCUUGGAAGGCCACCACCUGCCCAACCCAAUUGCAAGGAGAUCAAAGGUGGCCAGCUGGAGGAUCCUCUGCUCGCUCAAGUACGCCUGCCUUAGCGUCGAUCCGGGCGAGAUCGCACGGGCCUCGCCUGUCUACUCCAGCCUCAUGACCGUCAGCCCUGCCGUCCUCCUCUCGUCGGAGCAGAAGGUGUACGACGUCGUGCUGAGGCAGGCAGCAUUGCUCAAACGCCAGCUUAUUAUUGCCCCCCUCACCACAGGGGAAAGCGAGCUCCUUCUUCUGCCCAGGAACAGCGGCCUUAACCAGGCCUACCAUCGCUGCAGAGAGAUCUGCGAGGAGUAUGCCAAGACUUUUUACCUUGGAACCAUGCUCAUGACAGAGGAGCGCCGUCGCGCCAUAUGGGCCAUCUAUGUAUGGUGUAGGAGGACAGAUGAGCUUGUAGAUGGACCAAAUGCGUCGCACAUCACACCGUCAGCACUGGACCGGUGGGAGAAGAGGCUGGACGAUCUUUUCGCAGGACGCCCCUACGACAUGCUUGAUGCUGCACUCUCUGAUACCAUCUCCAAGUUUCCUAUAGAUAUUCAGCCUUUCAGGGACAUGAUUGAAGGAAUGAGGUCAGACCUGAGGAAGACAAGAUACAAGAACUUCGACGAGCUCUACAUGUACUGCUACUAUGUUGCUGGGACUGUGGGUCUAAUGAGUGUUCCUGUCAUGGGUAUUGCUCCCGAGUCGAAGGCCACAACCGAAAGCGUGUACAGUGCUGCUUUGGCUCUGGGCAUUGCCAACCAGCUCACCAAUAUACUCCGUGAUGUUGGAGAGGACGCAAGAAGAGGGAGAAUAUAUUUACCACAAGAUGAACUCGCAGAGGCAGGACUCUCUGACGAGGACAUCUUCAAUGGUGUUGUGAGCAACAAGUGGAGAGGCUUCAUGAAGAGACAGAUCAAGAGGGCUAGGAUGUUUUUCGAGGAGGCAGAGAGAGGGGUGACUGAGCUCAGCCAGGCAAGCCGGUGGCCGGUGUGGGCAUCUCUGUUGUUAUACCGGCAAAUCCUUGACGAGAUUGAAGCAAACGAUUACAACAAUUUCACGAAGAGGGCCUACGUUGGGAAAGCGAAGAAAUUGCUAGCACUUCCUGUGGCAUAUGGUAGAUCACUGCUGACGCCUUGCUCACUGAGAAAUAGCCACAAGUAGCAAAGAUGACCAGGUUAGGGUAGAUAGGAAUCGGACAGACAGCAUAUAUAUAUGAUAUCUGCCUUCCUCCAAUUAAUAUGGUGUGUAUCAUACCAUACAGCAGCAUAUGUACGAACACAGGGAUGUUGCAGCCAGCCAGCCUAGGUGGUGAUGGUUGCAUAUGUUUCUACCAUGUAUAUUCUUCCUUCCUUUCUUGCUGCGACGUGGUAUGUGACUCUGAAGAAUGAGCAACCUGUAAUACUAGUAGAAAGAAUGACCCAACUUCAGAAUUGGGGCAUACUACAUUACAAAAAGGAUCAUCAUGCAAA